AUGGCUCAAGACGAGAAUGGAAAUGGCGGAGAGACGGCCAUUAAUGAAGCGAUAAAGCUGAUGAGUCAGGGCAGGAGAUAUGCAUCAUUAGAUGCUCAACAAAUAGAUAGUGUAACAAGAUCGAACAAGGAUGGUGCAAGACCAUCAAAAUUGAUUCUUAUCAACAACAUUCUUUUGUUUGGUAUAGAUGUGGAUUUGAUGAAGGAAAGAUUUGCUAAGCUUCUUUUGGGAGAAGACACGUCAGGAGGUGGAAAGGGUGUUUCUUCGGCUCUAGCUUUGUCCAACGCCAUCACAAAUCUUGCUUCUUCUGCUUUUGGAGAACAAUCGAAGUUAGAGCCGAUGUCUCCAGAGAAGAAGGCGAGGUGGAAAAAAGAGGUUGAAUGGCUUUUAUCUAUUACAGAUCACAUUCUUGAAUUUGUGGCUUCUCAACAGAAAUCCAAGGAUGGAACAUCUAUGGAGAUAAUGGUGACACAACAAAGAAGAGACCUCCUUAUGAACAUUCCAGCAUUGAGAAAGCUUGACACGAUGCUAAUUGUUCCUCCAAAUGGACUAUCUGAAGAAUCGCGACAAUUUCUACAAAAACAAAAGGAAGCUGUAAAUCAAGUGUUGAAAGCUUCCAUGGCAAUAAAUGCUCAAAUACUAUCGGAUAUGGAGAUCCCUGAGAACUAUAUUGAAUCCCUACCCAAGAAUGGUAGAUCAAGCCUCGGUGAUCUAAUCUACAAAAGCAUUACCGUUGAGUUCUUCGAUCCUCAACAGAUCCUUUCAACAAUGGACUUGUCACCAGAGCACAAAGUCCUUGACCUAAAGAACAGAAUUGAGGCAUCUAUUGUGAUAUGGGAAAGGAAGAUGCAACAUAAGGAUAUGAAAUCUGGGUGGGGUUCGGUCGUGAGUUUGGAGAAAAGAGAACUCUUUGAAGAACAAGCAGAAACAAUCUUACUUCUACUCAAACAUCAAUUCCCAGGACUUCCUCAAUCUUCACUUGACAUAAAUAAAAUCCAAUAUAACAAGGACGUAGGUCAUUCUAUCUUGGAGAGCUAUUCAAGGGUACUCGAAAGCUUGGCCAACACAGUGAUGUCCCGCAUUGAGGAUGUCCUUUACGCAGAUUCUUUAGCUCAAGAUCCAUUGCUCGCAGUAGUUACAUGGAAGCUUUCAAUGGAUUCCACCACAACAUCACCAACAUUGAGCAGCUUUCCAAGUACGGGAGAAGAGACAGAGAAAUUGAGCUCGACACCAACUUCAAUGAUAUUGUCUGAUUUCAUGGUUUAG